CGGAACAAGCCAUCUCGCUCUCUCCCUCUAUCUCUCUCUCUCUCUCACUCUCUCUCUCCAUUGAGCGGAGCGGAGCGGAGCCGCGCCGCGCAUCGGAGCUGGGGACGAUCGAUCGCGCUCGCCCCAUGUUCGCAAAGCGCCUCUUGCAAAAGGCUCUGCGUCAGGUUUCGAUUAGUGCCUCGAUCUCAAGUAUUACUUCUCCCAUUAGCUCCAAUUCGAUCAUAUCGUAGGUUCUUAAUCCCGUGAUCACUAUAUUUGUAGCUAAAUCCACAACAAGGACACGAGAAAUUAGCCGAGAUGGACCUGCAAAUCGCCGUUCAUUACGGCAUUCCUUAUACUGCAUCAGAUCUGCGUUACGAUCCCAUCCAACGACUCUUGGCGAUCGGAACAUUGGACGGUAGGAUAAAAAUUAUUGGAGGCGAUAAUAUUGAAGGCCUUCUUAUAUCGCCGAAGAAGGUGCGCUUCAAGCAUAUGGAGUUUUUACAUAACAAAGGAUAUCUUGUGGCGAUCUCGAAUGAUAAUGAAGUCCAGGUUUGGAAUCUGGAAUUCAGACAACUAUUCUAUUCUUUGCAUUGGGAAGUCAACAUAACUGCUUUCGCUGUUGUACAGGGAACCUGUUUGAUGUAUCUUGGAGAUGAGAAUGGGCUAUUUUCGGUUUUGAAAUUUGAUAUCGAUGAUGGAAAGCUUCAAAGGAUGCCGUAUCAAAUUCCAAUAAAUGCUCUGACUGAAGCGGCUGGUAUUUCCUCAUUUGAUCCUCAAUCCAUUGUUGGAAUUUUGCCACAACCUUAUACUUCUGGGACUAGAGUGCUGAUUGCCUAUGAGAAAGGAUUGCUCGUUCUUUGGGAUAUAUCACAGAACCAGGCUGUCGCUGUUAGAGGUUAUGGGGCUCUGCACUUAAAGGGUGAGGAUAGCACUAAUUUUCAGAACUCUGAAGAGAACAAGGUGUUAGAAAGUGCAUCCGAGAAUGAAGAAGAGGAGAAUGCAAUUGGCUCCCUUUGUUGGGCAUCUAGUACUGGUACUAUUGUUGCUGUUGGGUACGUAAAUGGAGAUAUAGUUUUAUGGAAUAUGUCCUCAAAACCACCCUCCUUAAAAGGAAAACAAGUUGAUACAUCACCCAACAUUAUCAAGCUGGAGUUGGCUUCUGGAAAUUGUAGGCUUCCUGUUAUUGUCUUGCAUUGGUCUGCUGUUACCAAAGCAGAUAAUGAAAAAGGAGGGCAUCUUUUCAUCUAUGGUGGUGAUGACAAAGGAUCUGAAGAAGUUCUGACGGUUGUCAGCCUUGAGUACUCUGGAAUGGAUACUGUAAGAUGUGUCUCCCGUUCGAACCUCAAUCUUAACGGAUCUUUUGCAGACAUGAUUUUAAUACCAGAAGUUGGGUCUCCAGAGAAAAAUAAUACUGCUGCACUUUUUGUAUUGACAAACCCUGGACAGUUAAAUGUUUAUGAUGGACAUCUGUUUUCUAUGCAAAAAUUUGAGGGAAAUACUGAUGCUCUAGCGGAGAAAUUUCCAGAUGCAGUGCCCACUAUUGAUCCCCGAAUGACUGUGACAAAGCUGUGCUCACUAGCAGUUGAAAGAGAUUCUUCCAAGGGUUUGCUGAAGAAAACCUAUGCUCGAAAAGCUGUGACACCUACCCUUUCAUGGGGUACAAAGUGGCCUUUGACUGGUGGGGUUCCUAGUGAAAUGUCAUUAUCCGAAGAUUAUGGCAUUGAAAGAUUAUAUAUAGCAGGUUAUCAAGAUGGAUCUGUGAGAAUAUGGGAUGCGACUUUUCCAGUCCUGGCACCUAUGUUUCUUUUAGAAGGCAAAGUUCCAGGUAUUGAAAUUGACAGCAUAAAUGCUUCAGUAUCAUCACUGGCCUUUUGCUCCAUGACUAUGACUUUAGCUGUUGGAAAUGAGUGCGGACUGGUUCGGAUAUAUAAGCUUCAUGAAAAGACUGGAGAUUCAAGUUUCCACUUUGUGGGUGAAUCAAAAGAGGAAGUUCAAAUUAUGCGGCAUGGAAAAGGAUUCCAUUUUACUGCAGCGUUCCUAGUCUCGAAUUCACAUGUUCAGAGCUUACAGUACACAAAUUCAGGGGAGAAACUUGCUGUUGGAUUUGAAAAUGGUCAGGUGGCGAUGCUCGAUAUGAAUAAGCUACUGGUUAUGUUUUGUAAAAAAUGUGUAUUUGAAACAAGCGCCCCGGUUAUAUCUUUAAAUAUUACUUCUGUCCCUGGUACUGUUAGCCGAGAGGACAGUCCAAAAAAAGUAAAUCCCACGACUCCAAAAUACCCUUCGGAGUUGUUGCUCACCUUAUACAAAAAUGCAACUCUUGCAAUUAUUGAUAGCACAAAUGGUGUUACAGUAAGCUCGUUACAACUGAGCCAAAAGAAGCAGUCAUCUGCAAUUUCCAUGUAUGUCAUAGACGUAAGUAACACAAUUGCUGGAGCAUCUGGGAAGAAAUCCUCUCACAAUUUGUCUGAUAAAAACACAGACCCGAAUGAGCCCUCCAAAAGCAACAAUUGCGGUGAAGGCACAAUGCAAGGAAUUGAAGAGCACCACAAAAGUGAUGUCACGCAUUCUUCAGAUCUACUGUCAGAUCCGCUUCUUUUGAUCUGUUGCGAGAAUGUGUUGCGCAUAUAUUCUCUAAAAUCUCUUUUACAGGGAAAUGGGAAGAAUAUUCGUAAAGUGAAACUUGCGAAGCGCUGUUGUUGGUCAACACUUUUCAAGAAGAUCGAUGAGAUAACGUGUGGAUUGCUUUUAGUUUAUGACACUGGUGCUAUAGAGAUUAGGUCUUUGCCAGAUUUGGAAGUUAUUGCAGAGCAAUCCUUGAUGUCAUUAUUAAGAUGGAGCUUCAAAACUAACAUGGACAAGACUAUGAGUUCUACUGACAAUGGGCAAAUUGCUUUGGUAAAUGGUUCUGAACUAGCAAUCAUAUCACUUUUGGCCUGUGAAAAUGACUUCAGGAUUCCAGAUUCUUUGCCAUGUCUUCAUGAUAAAGUUCUUGCAGCUGCUGCAGAAGCUGCCAUUAAUGCUUCUAUAAAUCAGAAAAAGAAGCAGGAUACAGCUUCUGGUAUUCUUGGUGGUAUCAUGAAAGGAUUUAAAGGGAGCAGAACAGAGAACAGUAUUGCUGAGAAUAUUCUUGGAAAUAGUUCUGCUGAGCAACUGGAGGAGAUCCUUUCGAAGGUUCCAUUUCUCGAACCAUCAACCACCUCUUCUGGUGACCCAGAAGUUGAUGAACUGAGCAUUGAUGACAUCGAGAUUGAUGAUGUUGAACCAAGUCAACCAACAUACACUCCAUCCGAGCCAAAUAAGAAAAACAAAAUAGAUGAGGAGAGAGAGAAAUUAUUUGAUGGAUCCAGUAAUGUUACACAACCAAGAGUAAGAACGACUCAAGAAAUCCUGACCCAGUAUCGAUUUGGAGGGGAUGCUGCUGCAGCAGCAGCCCAUGCCAGGGAUAAGCUCGUACAACGACAGGAGAAGCUUGAGAGAUUAAGUCAACGAACUGCAGAGCUUCAAAGCGGAGCUGAGGAUUUCGCUUCCAUGGCUAAUGAACUCGUCAAAACUAUGGAAAACAAGAAAUGGUGGAAACUGUAACUCUUCCCAGAGACACUUCAACUUCAUUUUGGUAUUUAAAUACAUCUCUUGGUGCGCAAGUUGCAUACUUAUAAUAUCAUUUGGUCCUUCAAACUGCUUUUUACCUAGCUAUCCACCAUUUCAAUACCAGAAAUUUGAGUAGUUGAGAGUUAGUAACUUUUCUGAAAAAUCUCAAUACUGUAGUUUGUAUUUUCUUAUUUGACGGUGUAAAAAAUUUGCAUGAAAUAUGAUUACGUUUCUCAUUACAUUCA